AUGCCACCACUCAUAAUCAUCGCUACUGUUUUACUCAUCGGCUUUCAUACGAGCUUGGCAGCGACAUCGUGUUCUCGUGGUCAAGCAAAUUGUAAUGGACUCUGCUAUGAUCCACAUCGGCAAAUAUGUGGAUCACACACCGUCUGUGAUAAAACCCAAAGCGUCUGUAAUGGUCUGUGCUACGAUCCACAUCGGCAAAUAUGUGGAUCAAACACCAUCUGUGAUAAAACCCAGAGCGUCUGCAAUGGACUGUGCUAUGAUCCAAUUCAGCAAAUAUGUGAAUCAAACACCAUCUGUAAUAGAGGCCAACGUGCUUGUGAUGGACAGUGCUAUGAUCCGACUUGGGAAGCCUGUGCGAAGAAGUAA